AUGGAGAGACUUACACGUGUCAAGAACAGGACUGAUCCGGUAAACUCCCACCAGUUACCGGUUAGCUCAAUUAUGGGGAUGAAGUUCAAACUUUAUAAACAGUUGGGGGGUUUAAGAAACAAGUUGGGUGGUUUUCAGGGGGUUUUUGGUGAUCAGACAGAACCCACUUUCAUAGGUGAGAAACUGAGGGGUCUUAUUUAG